AUGAAUGACUUUUACCGGACGGAGCGCUCGUCGUCGCUCACUCGCUCACUCGGCGGCGCGCACGUGAGCAUGCUGGGGCUCGAGGACUACGGCUCCGGUAGCGAUGACGACUCCGGCGCCGAGGACGGCGGCGGGCGCGUGACGCUCGUCCGGCACUCGCCGUCCCCUCCCCCCGAACCCGCGCCCGAGCCGGCGCCGCUGGAUCUCACCUCCAGGCUGCCCGCGCCGAGGGUCACCACCGGAUCGCUGUUCGCGUCGGUGCCCAAGCCGGGGAAGACGAAGGGCGCCGCCGCCGAGGACAACGGUGGGCGGCGACGCGUGGUGACGCUCAAACCCGCGCCGGCCGCGGCGGCGGCGCUGGGUCCCGACUCGGACGACGACGACGACGAUCGCGCGGCGAAGCGGCGCAGGACCGCCCCGACCGGGGGCGCGGGGCUCAGGGCGACGCUGCCAAAGCCCAAGAACGCGUUGGGCGCGGGGGGACCCGCGGGCGGGCUCGAGCUCGGCGCCCCGGGUCUAGGCGCCGGCGGAGGCGGCGCACAGCUGGACCUCGGCGCAGCCGGCGACACAGCUGGACAUCGCGGCCACGCCGGGCCCGAACCUUCGAACCUCGCGCCUCACCCGUCGACGCUCUACGCCGUCGACGAAUCCGGAGCGUACGCGUACGACGCCGACGCCCAGGCGCGGUACCACGCGGAGUACGCGCGGUACUACGGGCACCACCCGCACCAAGGGGGGCCAUCCGGCGGCGAGUUAUCGGGCGGCGGCGUCGGUCUCGAGGAAGCCGGUCGGGACACGGCGGCCGGCGCGGGGGGGCCCGGUUCGUUCGACGUGGACGCGGUGAUGCGGCGCGCGGGGGUGGACGGAUCGACUGUGCGGGGGAUCAGCGCGGCGGAGCUGAGGGCGUCGGGCGGGGAUAGGAUCCGGGAGAGCGCCACCACGGGGCUGGCGUUUGACGACGAGUAUCGCGACAAGCUGACGCGAGAGGCUGGUCACGCGCCGUCGCUGGUGCACAAGAGCAAGAACCAGAUCGGAUCGUUGCUGUACAACGCGAAGCAGGCGGAGCUCAAGAUCAUGGAGGGUAGGCUGCAGGGGGUGAGCCACAAGGCGCAGGCUCGGCAAAAGUACGGAUGGUGA